UUGACCAUAAAAUAAUAAUAUUCAACAAUAUUGGAGGAAACAUGUUUAUAUGUUCUUGUAAUAAUAAUAUUAUAGCAAAUAGCCGAAGAUACGACGAAGCGUAUAUGUGUGAAAUGAGUAUAUUCUACAGCCUAAACCCUCGGAGAUACCAAAUCAACACGACAACAGCGACGGGACACCUGUAUGGUUCUAAUUCAACUUCUUGUCCACAUCUUCAUCUUCUUCUUCUUCUUUUUUUAAUAGAUAUAUUAAGAAAACAAAACAGAAAAUCUCCCACGUCUUUACAAAGAAAAUAAAGAAGAAGAAAAUAAGGAAAAAGAAUCUGAUAGUAAUUGACAAAAAUACCCUCAUCUCCUACCUCAAGACAGUAAUAUAUAUGUAACAACUCGAUACAGAGCAUGGCUUAUCUCUUAUCCGAAUCCUCCCAAUUUGUCUGUCUCUCUUUUGUUUUCUCUGCUAACAGAUCUCUCUAAAUAUCUGUUACUUUUGUUCAUAUCUUUUUACUUUUCAAACUACUAAUUUUCCUUUCGCUUCUUCUAUUAAUAACAACACUCUCUCUCUCAGACUUCUUUUCUUUUUUUUCUACGGCGUUGAUUCAUUCGCAAUGACCUCAGUUUCUGUGUACCAUAAUUGACCUAGCAGAUUCUGUUUUUAAUGGUAGAUUCUGACCCGGUGGAAUUUCCGCCGGAGAACCGCCGUGGACAGCUCUUCGGCAAAUACGAGGUCGGAAAAUUGGUGGGAUGCGGCGCCUUCGCGAAAGUGUACCACGGGAGGAGCACAGCGACGGGUCAGAGCGUUGCGAUCAAAGUGGUGAGCAAGCAACGGCUGCAGAAAGGAGGACUCAAUGGCAACAUUCAGAGAGAGAUCGCUAUCAUGCACCGUCUGCGCCACCCUUCUAUCGUGCGCCUGUUCGAGGUCCUCGCCACCAAAUCCAAGAUCUUCUUCGUCAUGGAAUUCGCCAAGGGCGGUGAGCUAUUCGCCAAAGUCUCCAAGGGCAGGUUCUGCGAGGAUCUUAGCCGUCGUUAUUUCCAGCAGCUCAUCUCCGCCGUCGGAUAUUGCCACUCCCGCGGCAUCUUUCACCGUGAUCUCAAACCGGAGAAUCUCCUCCUCGACGAGAAGCUCGAUUUGAAGAUCUCUGAUUUCGGACUCAGCGCUCUUACCGAUCAGAUCCGACCCGACGGCCUCCUCCACACACUCUGUGGUACGCCGGCGUACGUGGCGCCUGAGGUUUUGGCGAAGAAAGGGUACGACGGUGCUAAAAUCGACAUAUGGUCAUGUGGAAUCAUACUGUUCGUCCUCAACGCCGGUUAUCUCCCUUUCAACGACCAUAAUCUCAUGGUUAUGUACCGGAAAAUCUACAAGGGAGAAUUUCGCAUUCCCAAGUGGACCUCACCGGAUCUCCGGCGACUGCUGACUCGGCUUUUAGACACGAAUCCGCAGACGAGGAUCACUAUCGAAGAGAUCAUCCACGAUCCAUGGUUCAAACAGGGCUACGACGAUCGGAUGUCUAAAUUCCAUCUAGAGGACUCCGAUAUGAAACUCCCGGCGGACGAGACCGACAGCGAGAUGGGAGCAAGGAGGAUGAACGCAUUCGACAUCAUCUCAGGAUCUCCAGGGUUCAAUCUCUCCGGUCUUUUCGGAGACGCCAGAAAGUACGACCGAGUGGAACGGUUCGUGUCGGCGUGGACGGCGGAGAGGGUGGUGGAGAGGCUGGAGGAGAUCGUGUCGGCGGAGAAUCUGACGGUGGCGAAGAAGGAAACAUGGGGGAUGAAGAUCGAGGGGCAAAAAGGUAACUUCGCAAUGGUGGUUGAGAUAAACCAGCUAACGGACGAGCUGGUUAUGAUAGAGGUGAGGAAGAGACAAAGAGCCGCUGCAUCUGGACGAGAUUUAUGGACAGAUACACUCAGGCCUUUCUUCGUCGAGCUUGUGCACGAAUCAGACCAAACGGACCCAGAACCAACUCAAGUACAUACGACGUCGUAGUUUAGGUAUCUGUCAAAUAAAUUAUCCAAAUAAUAAUUAAAAAAAAAUAUCCCGGGUUAUAUGUAAUUGCUUUUUUUUUUACCCGGAGAAUAUCUCUGACAUAAUUAUUCAGGAAAUUUCUCGACAAAUCUUAAUUUUUAGUUGGCAAGUAUGUAUCUUCUUGUUAUGUAAUCAUAAUUAUAUUUUAUAUAAAUGAAAAAUAAAAUAUAAAAAAAUGUAUUACUUGUUUUAAA